AUGGAGCUGAUGCUAGUGGUAGUUGUUCCGAAGAAAAGGGAUUUUGUAACUGCGUUGCUAAUUGCAAGGUUUGCUCGCCUGGAGGAUGCAAGGAAUGCACUGAAUCUGAACGGGCAGUUGGAGAUUGCAGGUCGUGCAAUCAAGCCUCGCUGCAGUGCUAUCUCCAUUGGUGGCUCCUCUCGUAAAAGGGGGUUUUCCGCUGUUGUCGGUAUUCCAGCUGUGGUCGACCCUGUUGGUGCCCCCAGCGAAUGUCUACUGCUUAAAAACAUGUUUGAUCCCUCUACAGAGACUGAACCUGAGUUUGACUUUGACGAGCAUAUCAAAGAAGAUGUUAAAGACGAAUGCUCCAAAUUUGGAGAACUGAACCAUAUCUUUGUUGACAAAAACAGCAUAGGUUUUUUGUCUACUUGCCAUUUGAAAAUGCGCAAGCAGCAAUGGGAGUGUAACGUGCUCUCCAUGGUAGAUGACUACGAAGCCAAGUUCCCUGAGAGGAAGUAG